AUGGUUCAUUACAAUGUGAGAUUAGAGUUUGGGCUGCAUUUAGAGAAGCCCAUUGUAUUGAAAACUGCCCAAAGGAUAUGUCAGCUGAUGGAAAAUACAGCUUCUACUGUCCUCGAAAAUUGUGAGGAGCUACUGGCAGAGGAGAACCUUUCAAUGGGCAGUUGGAAACAGAAGAUGGGCGGCCAGGAGGACAGAGAAGAGAGGGAGAAGAACCAGGAGAAGGAAGACUCACAUAACUUAGUGCCUCCAGCACCACAGCACCCCAGGCGAAACCGGGACCACAACUGGAAGCAGCUGGGGACAACAGAAUGCUCCACCACCUGUGGGAAAGGAUCACAGUACCCUAUCUUCCGCUGUGUGCACAGAAACACACACGAGGAGGUUCCCGAGAGCUACUGUGACUCCAGCAUGAAGCCGACCCCAGAGGAGGAGCCCUGCAACCUCUUCCCCUGCCCAGCCUUCUGGGACAUCGGGGAGUGGUCCGAAUGCAGCAAGACCUGUGGCCUGGGCAUGCAGCACCGCCAGGUCCUGUGCCGCCAGGUGUAUGCCAACCGCAGCCUGACGGUGCAACCCUACCGCUGCCAGCACCUGGAGAAGCCGGAGACCACCAGCACCUGCCAGCUCAAGAUCUGCAGCGAGUGGCAGACUCGGACGGACUGGACCUCGUGCUCAGUGCCCUGUGGCGUGGGACAGAGGACCCGAGACGUAAAGUGCGUGAGCAACAUUGGGGACGUAGUGGACGACGAGGAGUGCAACAUGAAGCUCCGACCAAACGACAUCGAAAACUGUGACAUGGGCCCCUGUGCAAAGAGCUGGUUCCUCACUGAAUGGAGCGAAAGGGUGAGCGUGCCCCAGGCAGAGAUCAGGGUGGGGAUCAGCCGUGUCACAGGAUUUCCCUGA